AUGGGUGCUCUAUGGGAUAUAGAAACUGGGCAACAAGUGACAGCUUUCACAGGUCAUACUGGUGAUGUAAUGUCAUUAUCUUUGUCACCAGACAUGCGUACAUUCAUAUCAGGUGCGUGUGAUGCAUCCGCCAAACUUUGGGAUAUCCGUGAUGGAAUGUGCAAGCAAACAUUCCCAGGACAUGAAAGUGAUAUCAACGCUGUUGCUUACUUCCCAUCUGGUCAUGCUUUCGCUACUGGCUCAGACGAUGCUACCUGCAGAUUAUUCGAUAUUAGAGCUGAUCAAGAAUUAGCUAUGUAUUCUCAUGACAAUAUUAUAUGCGGAAUCACGAGCGUAGCAUUUUCAAAGUCUGGCCGAUUAUUGUUUGCAGGUUAUGAUGAUUUCAAUUGCAAUGUAUGGGAUUCGAUGCGACAAGAAAGAGCUGGCGUAUUAGCUGGACACGAUAAUCGUGUGUCGUGUUUAGGAGUUACAGAAGAUGGAAUGGCCGUUUGCACUGGUUCUUGGGAUAGUUUCUUAAAAAUAUGGAACUAG